GGCUUCCUCUUCAAGAACUUCAAUUCGUCCGUUCCUUACGUCUUCAACCUCCGAAUCUCCGUCUUUGCUAGGGUUUAUUUCACGAUUUAAUCCAAUCUGGUGUGAUACGAUUUUCGACAUUUGCCCACUGCAGUAACGCCGUGUUUCUCCCUUCUUACUAGAAGCUUUCGUUGAUGGACGGAGCGGAACUUUUCACCGAUAUCACAGAAACUACCGGAGCAAUUAGGAAGACCUUAGAAGCUAACGAGUUUCAACCCUUCGAUGGAAACCAAAUUGCCAGUCUUCAAUCCCAGCUUCGUCUUCUCCAAGACAGAGUGAAGGAAUUGGAGGAGGAAAAUUCGAAGCUAUCCUCUCCACUUGCAAGUUGCUGUUGUUCUGAGAGGAGGAUGAACUUUGGCGACAGGAGUUGUUCGAUUGAGAAAAGCACGGAAUCUGGCACUACUAAGAAGAAAUCAGUAGAAAGAACAACAGGUUAUAACACCAGGAUCUUGGAUCACUGUUCAAAGAGAUAUAUUGCUCUAAAAGUAAUGUACUUUGGGCAGAGGUUUUAUGGUUUUGCUUCAGAGGCACAAAUGGAACCAACAGUUGAAUCUGAAAUUUUCAGAGCUCUUGAGAAAGCCAGGCUUCUUGUUGGUGGUAGGAAAGAGUCUUGUUAUUCAAGAUGUGGGAGAACGGACAAGGGGGUCUCAUCGGUUGGACAAGUAAUUGCUCUCUAUUUGCGGUCAAACCUUAAGGAUCCUCCUAAUGCUGAAAAUAGUUGUCAUAAUGCGGAAGAGCAGCAUGAUGGAGAAAUUGAUUACGUGAGAGUAAUUAAUAAAGUCCUUCCUAAUGACAUUCGGGUUUUAGGCUGGUGUCCUGUUCCUGUUGGCUUCAGUGCAAGGUUUAGUUGUUUGAGAAGAAAGUAUAAAUAUUUUUUCUGGGGAGCAAAUUUGGAUAUCUCGGCUAUGGAGAGGGCUGGUAAGAAGUUUGUAGGGGAACAUGACUUCAGAAACUUCUGCAAAAUGGAUGCGGCAAAUGUUCACAACUAUAGGCGGUGCAUCAUGUCAUUUGACAUUUCUCCUUGUGAUGUGAGGACGGAAGGCAAUCUAUUAUGGGCUUUCAACAUUGAAGGCAGUGCUUUCCUCUGGCAUCAGGUCCGCUGCAUGGUUGCUGUUGUAUUCAUGGUUGGGCAAGGUCUUGAAGAUCCUGAUGUCGUAGACAUUCUACUGGAUCCAUUAAGAACCCCAAGGAAGCCUCAAUAUGUUAUGGCUUCAGAAAAUCCUCUGGUUCUUCAUUCUUGUGAAUUUGAAGGUGUCAAAUUUCGGUGUUCGUCAGAUGCUGGAGAAGCUCUUCAGUUGCAUUUGUCGAAUGAAAUACGAACAUACAAGCUCCAAGCUGCAAUAUUCAAAGAAGCUCUUCUAAGCUGUUUGCCAAAUGAUGGGAGCUCUUCAGACAAUAGAAAGUUAAAGAAGAAAAAUUCCCAUGUUGCCUUGUUGUCAAGGCCAACUGAGCGUAGUUUUACUUAUCCCAGCUUCUUACGAAGAGCGGCGUGCCAAACUUGACUCAACAUCAACGAUUUGAAUAAAUGCAUCUUCACAAUCGCAAGGGGGCUUCCAUUCAUGGACCAUAGACAUGGGUGGUCUCUCAAUUUUAGAAGAAAUUUAAAGGAUGAAGAGAUUAACAAGUGGCUUGACCUCAUGAACAUCCUUCAUAGCAUACACCUCUCGGCAUUCAAAGAAAAUGAAUUUGGGAAAGCUGGACAACAAAGGCUACAUCACCACAAAAUCCCUUGCCUAUGAUUUGGGUUUUCAUGUGAACUCCCCCGAACAUCCCUUCCAUGCUACCUACCAUAUGGAAUGAUUUUUACCCAAGUAAGAUCAAGUUUUUCCUUUGGGAAAUUAGUCAUAGUCACGCUGCUAUAAACACUUCAGAUAAACUUCAAGCCUAGCUUCCCUAUAAGGCCAUCUCCCCCAUCGUUGUGUCAUCUGCAAAGCUGGGCUCGACUCAUCUAAACAUCUCUUUUUACGCUGUCACUUUGCCGUGAGGUUUUGGAAGAAAAUCUUCCUUUCCUUUGGAUGGUACACAGCCCUCCCGAACGACACCAUUGCUGCCCUCUCAUAUGAUCUCACCGGACACGCCUUCACUAAACAAAAGCAACACAUGUGGAUGCAUAUGAUUUGUGCUUUCUUAUGGACUACUUGGAAGGAGAGAAACAACCGCCUCUUCAACGAUAAGGGAAGCUCUAUUAUCUAUCAUGCUAUGAGUUGGUCUAAAAGCACAUCUUUCUUCCCUAUUGACCAAUUGGAGAGUUAUUAUGUGACUUCAUUGGCUUCAGCCACGACUUUUUUUUGUAAAUUUCUUACAUCAAUGAAAUUUGUUUCUUAUAUAAAUAAAAAACGUUUAAACCAUUAUAGGUUUGUUUAGCGGUAAAAAAGUCUUAAUAAGUGGCAAAAAGGUCAUAAGUAAAAUCUAUGGUGGUCAUCUACCUAAGAAUUAAUUUUAUGAGUUUCCUUGACACUCAAAUGUUGUUGGGUCUUUCUUGUGAGAUUAGUCAAGGUAAGCUGAUCUUGACAUUCACAGUUAAAAAAAGAAACUUAUAAACA